UUCGUGUGGUACGGUCUGUAUGACAAUCAAUAGGCUAAAGUUAUACUGAACAACUUGAAACUCCAAUUGUUUUAAGCUUCGUAUACUCUACUCUUGGCAACUUUGGCUCAAAACUUGAAUCAAUAUCAUCAGCAGCAGAUGAAUCUUAUUCAUGGAACAACUCGAUCAACAAUCAACAUCCCAUCAAUCAAACCCAAAUUCUCACUUACACGCACCACAACUCACCCUCUGUUCUCCACUACAUCAUCUUUUCAAUCAAAUCUCGCAAACAAAAUCCUAAACUCCAAAUCAGCAACCGAGGCACUUCAACUAUACUACUCAUCUUCCAACCACACAGACCCCACCAAGACCCUCAAACUCCAUUCUGCUGCAAUCCACUUCUUAACCAAUGCAAGACUUUACUUGAAGGCAAGGUGUUUGAUGAAAUGCCUCAUAGAAACUCUUAACAAAUCUUGCACUCCAAACAGACUCUGUUCAUUACUCUUUCAUGCCCUUGAUCAAGUUGAAGUUGCCACACCCAGUUCCAAAGUGUUUGGAGUGUUGGUGAUCGCGUUAACCGAAUUGGGUUUUGUUGACGAGGCGUAUUGGGUGGUUAAGAGAACAGAAGAGUUGCCUGCUGGGCAUGUUUGUAACAGGGUUUUAGAUGGGUUUUUGAAGAGGGGGAGGCUUAGUGCAAUGUGGGAGGUUUAUGAACAUGUUAGUUGUCGUGGGAUGUUGCCGGAUGUGGUCACGUAUGGGGUAUUGAUCGAUGGGUGUUGUCGCGAAGGGGAUGUUGAGAAAGCACGGAAGUUGUUCGAUGAAAUGGUUGAGAGAGGUUUGAGUCCGACUGUUGUCGUUUACACGACUUUGAUCCGUGGACUUUGUUGUGAAGGGAGGAUGUUGGAAGCGGAAAGCGUGUUUGGUGGCAUGAGUAAAGCUGGGGUGGAUCCGGAUUUGUAUACUUAUAACGCGUUGUUAGAUGGGCAUUGUAAGAUGGCUAAUGUGGAUAAAGCUCUUGACUUUUACAGAGAAAUGAUGAUCACUGGUGUGACCCCUAAUUUUGUCACGUUCGGUAUCCUUGUCGACAUGUUUCGCAAGAUGAAUAGGACGCUAGCUGCCGAAAGCUGUUUUGCGCAGAUGACGAAGAUUGGCGAGAUUCCUAAUUCGUAUGUGUAUAAUUGUUUGAUCGAUGGGUACUGCAAGGAAGGCAAUCUUUCUGCAGGGAUUAGUUUAUUAUCCGAAAUGGAAACGUUGGGUAUUGCGAAUGAUGUUUAUACUUACUGUAUACUUAUAAACGGUCAUUGCAAUAUGGGCAGAUUAAAAGAAGCAGACGAUUUGUUAAAAGAAAUGAAUAGAAAGGGAGUCGUUGCGAAUUCAGCAGUGUAUAAUUCGCUAAUCAACGGGUAUUCGAAAAGCGGAAACAUGGCAAAAGCUCUGGAGUUAUGUGGUCAAAUGGCAGUCAAUGGUGUGGAGGUUAAUAUCAUAACUUAUUCUACGUUAAUAGACGGUUAUUGUAAGGUAAAAGACAUGAAAUCGGCAAUGGGUUUGUACACAGAAAUGGUGAUUAAAGGUCUCGUGCCCGAUAUUGUUGCAUAUACAGCUUUAAUCGACGGACAUUUUAAAGAUUGUAACACGAAAACAGCUUUACGGAUCUACAAAGAGAUGAUGGAAGCAGGUCUGACUCCGAAUGUUUUCACUCUCAGUUGUUUGAUUGACGGAUUAUGCAAAGACGGUUUAGUUAAUGAUGCGAUCAAGAUUUUCUUGGAUAAUGGUUAUUGCUCCCCGAAUAAUGUUCUUUACACAUCACUAAUUCAUGGACUUUGCAACGACGGCCAAAUUUUCAAAGCGAGCAAGUUUUUUGCGGAUAUGAGAAGUAUCGGCUUGAAGGCGGAUGUGGAGCUUUAUGCUGUCAUUACACAAUGGCAUUUUAAAACAAAGCAUAUUUGUGAUGUGAUGAUGUUACAUGCAGACAUGUUGAAGAUGGGUUUGAUCCCGAAUGAUGUCGUUUAUGGUGUUUUUGCUAGAGGGUAUCGAGAAAUCGGAGAUUACAAAUCAGCAUUCAGGUGUUCUGAUGAUCUUUUACGCGCUGGUGUAAAGGUUUAAUGAUUUUUUUUUUUCAGGAAAAAGAUGGAAAUUGAACCAAAAUUGGUUGCAUUUUAAGAGUUAGUUACCCUUUGGAGAGCAGAACAGCAUUGUUGUAUUAUUCUAUAAUCUUUUAUUUUUUUGGAGAGUUUUGAGCAUAAAAAA